AUGCAUCAUAAUAAGAAUAGAAUUAAAACCAAUGAACUUCAGGAAGAAUUAGCUGACAAUAAUCUAGAAAUACUUGCAUUGUUGUCAUUACACUCUUCAUCCUCUUGUAGUCAAUCAUCACAAUCUGAAAAGCCUGUUGAUCUAUCAGAAGAUACUGAUCUCUGUGAUAUAUAUAUAUACUAUAUUAUGAUUGAAGUAUUUAGAAGUCAUCAUUCAAAGCUUAACCAAGAAUUUGUCAUCACAGUAAUUGAUAUAAUGUUUGAUCCUACAAUUACAACAACUUCUUUUACUAAAACUCGAUCUAACAUUAAUAGUAGUGUAGAACAAGAGUCAGGAGCCAAAGAUAAUAAUGUUGAGCAAUAUUUCAAUAAAUAUAAAAGUGAUUCUGAUUGUUAUCCCAAGCUUUCACUUUCUAGUACACCCUCUUCUACUGAUAUAAAUGAUCGUAGUUGUUGA